GCUGUAAAGAAGAAUUAUCGGUUAUCUACCAUUCCUGGUUUCUUCGAAAGGGGAUUUAUAUCGCCAUUGAAGACCACACCCUCGUCCUCAGUGCUCCUGCCGCGUUUCUUUCUGGUCCAGCGUUGCAUUUAUACCCCAAAUUAUCGUUCAUUUCUUUCAAGUGGCUAUGGUUACAAUAUUCGGGUCUUGGAUUGUGCCGGCGCUUGUGGGAGCUGCAUCUACUGCGUCUUUUCCCCCGGUCAUAACUGGUCUCACCGUGGUCAACUCGACCAAGUUCCCUGGAGCCUCAAUAUCCUACAAACAGACCUCAAUAUGCGAGACCACAGAGAAUGUCAGAGGCUUUAGUGGAUAUGUACACCUUCCCCCAGCCCCUGCUGAGAGCCGUCCAUACAGUAGUCACAUCUACUUUUGGUUUUUUGAGGCCCGCAAAGAUGCCAAAAAUGCUCCUCUUACAGUCUGGCUCCAGGGUGGUCCGGGUGUACCGUCUGUCGUCGCAGCAGUAGGCGAAAACGGACCAUGCUCUAUCCUGCCUGACUCCCAAACCACCGAGCUCAACGCAUUUUCCUGGAACGAAAAAGUCAACAUGCUGUACAUUGAUCAGCCUGUACAGACUGGCUUCUCGUAUGAUUCGUUAACAAACGGAACGAUUAACAUAAUUCCCACACCUUUUAUGUACAAGCCUGACAACUUCUCCACUGGAGUCCCCAAGACGAACGCCACUUUCCUUACGGGAACAUUCUCCUCCGGCAACCCAAACGCUGCGCCAAACACCACUAUCGCGGCAUCGAAGAUCAUGUACAGCUUCAUGCAAACAUGGAUGCAGGAGUUUCCGGAAUAUGAAAACAGAGACAACAAGUUCAGCAUCUGGAGUGAAUCUUACGGAGGACACUAUGCUCCCACCUACGCAGACUACUUCGAGACUCAGUCCGAGAAAAUCGAAACUGGCAAGGCCAACAGUCCUGGAGAAGUCGCAUUGCACCUUGAUACUCUAGGCUUCAUCAAUCCAUGCGUGGACACCGACACCCAAGUCCACUCAUACCCCGAAUUCGCCAUGAACAACACCUACGGCAAGCAAUUCUUCACUCCCGAACAAUACACCUUCGCUCUAGCGUCCGCCCCGCAAUGCAAAAAAAUGACGGCCGAAUGCAAGAACAUCGCCGACGAAAAAGACCCAAACGGCCUCGGCAACGUCGCAGAAGUCAACAAAGCCUGCUUCAAUGCUUUCGUCUACUGCUUCAACACCAUGCACGACAACUACCCAUCGACCCGCGCCCUCUUCGACAUCUCCGCGCCGCGUCUCCCCAAAGCGUUCCCCCCAGUCUGGGCAGCAGGCUACUUCAACAACGCAACUAUCCAGCAAGCCCUCGGCGUACCGCUCAACUUCACCGGCGCAUCCGCCCUCAACAUGCACAGCUUCAACAAGACGGGCGACUUCAUCCGCGGCCGCCAGAUCGAGAACCUCGGCGCCCUGCUCAACAAGGGCGUCAAGGUCGCGCUCGUCUUCGGCGACCGCGAUUACCAGUGCAACUGGAUGGGCGGCGAAGCCCUCUCCCUGGCCAUCGAGUCGAAGCUCAAACCUCGCUUCGCCCACGCCGGCUACGCCACCGUCCACACAAACGCUGAGUAUGUUGGCGGACUGACCCGUCAGCAUUCCAAGUUGUCCUUCACCCGCGUGUUCCAAGCCGGCCAUGAAGUUCCCUACUACCAGCCUGAAACAGCCUACCACAUUUUCAACCGCGUCAUGUUCGACAGGGACGUUGCGACGGGCGAGAAGGAAGUGGGAGAGGACUACGCGACGGUUGGGGAGAAAUCUGCGUGGACGAAGAGCGAGUUUCGUGAGGAGAGCGGGAAGGCGAGUUGUUAUCUUUGGGACAUCAUGGAGACUUGCGAUUCUGAGCAGACUAAGCUGAUUGCGAGUGGGAAGGCGGUGGUGAAGGAUUGUGUGCUGGUCGGCGAAGUUGUGGAUUGGACUGCAGUCUUGUUUGGACUCGUGGUGUGUUGGUUGUGCGUUUGGUUCUUCAUUGACAAAAAAGUUCUUUUGUUCGAAUAGGUGAGACGGGCUAGUAUGGUAGCAUCGGAAUCGGUCGCUGCGUAGAGGCCGUGAGGUGGGCCAGUUCUGCUGGUUGUGAUGGUCCCGCAC